GGGUCGGGUCUGUGUUUACUUCCGGACUCCGUUCCAGACUUCGCUCAGAAAGCAGCGGCUCCGGUGGAGGUUCAGCCUGUGAGCUAACACUGUAGCCAUACAAGGAUUCAUGACAGAGGGUACUGUGGUCUGUCAGGCGGCAUCCACUGAGUCAACUCAUCCGGCGCUACAGCGGCGCGAAGGGCAUCCGGCAAGCCGGCUGAGAGUCACUGCACAUCGGACACCGGGACAGCACGCCGACCCGGCCGGGGGACGCGGACACCGAGCCGAGCCGAGCCCACUGCCCUGCUCUCAUCCACUCAUUCGAGCUCAAAGUCACUCAAUGCUGCGCUCUUGCCUCCAGCUAACAAACUGAUCCGACUGUGAUACUGCUCGUCCAUGGUCCAGGCUACCCGAGGAUCAAAACAAGGACAAUCGCUCUCAAGUUUCAGCGACAUUUGAUUUGACCGCCGGUUCCAGCAAGCGGGAGAGAGCCGAGCCGGGCAGCGACAGGGAUUUGGGGGCCAGGCAGGGACGCGAGGGUGGUGGCUGGAUAAAUAGGGGUCGCUUCCAGCUCCUGGUGGAUUUAUCCCCCUGCCAGCUAACGUUAGCCAAGCUAAGUUAGCUACACACACACCAUCAUGGAAUGGUUAAUGGGGAAGUCGAAGACGAAGCCAAAUGGAAAGAAGCCUCCAGCAGAAGAGAAGAAGCAGUACCUGGAGCCAGAGUUCACGAAAAUCCGUGUGGUGGACUUCGACCUCAAAGAGCUGGUGGUGCUGCCCAGAGAGAUAGACCUCAACGAAUGGCUAGCCAGCAACACGACAACGUUCUUCAACCUUAUCAACCUACAGUACAGCACCAUCUCAGAGUUCUGCACUGGGGACACCUGUCAAGCCAUGACGGCCUGCAACACAAUAUACUACUGGUAUGAUGAGAGGGGGAAGAAGACGAAGUGCACUGCUCCUCAAUACGUCGACUUUGUAAUGAGUCUUUGUCAGAAACUGGUCACAGAUGAGGAAAUCUUCCCUACAAAAUACGGCAAAGAGUUCCCCAACUCAUUUGAGUCCUUGGUAAAGAAGAUCUGCCGGUACCUGUUCCACGUGCUGGCUCACCUCUACUGGGCGCACUUUAAAGAGACGGUGGCUCUGGACCUGCAGGGCCACUUGAACACUCUGUAUGCACAUUUCAUCGUUUUCGUAAGGGAAUUCAACCUGGUCGACCCCAAGGAGACCUGUAUCAUGGACGACCUGUCCGAAAUCCUCUGCACCCCGGCCCCGCCGCCGGCCCCGACCCCCUCCGCCCCAGCCUCAGCCCCCUCCCCCUCUUCACAAAACCACGUGACGGAGAGAUGAGCAGGGGCUGCCGCGACACACCAGCCCCGGGGGUGAUAGAAGAUAAGAUAGAGGAGAGAAGGAAAGGACAGCCUGGCCCCCUUCCUAGGCCUUUGGCGCCAGCAGGACUUAGAGACCUUCCACUACCCUUAUAUUUCGCUACAACACCAACCAACCAGCCGGAAGGAAGGGGGGGAGGGUUUUCGGGGGGUUGGGGUGGCGGGGAGGGGUUUGUCACGCCAGCAGGAAUUGGCGUGAGCGUUCCUCCCAGGGGCAAAUCCCUCCCAUCUUCUCUGCAAUUUAAACUAGGAACGAAAAAGUAUGUGUAUGUUUUAUUUUAAAAAUUGUUUUGCUUUAUUUCACUUUUUUCUUUUUCUUUUUUUUUUUUUUUUAAGUUUUACUCCUUUUUUUUUGGUUGGGGACAGUGUGUCCGUUUGCCCUUCGCCUCCUUCUAUCCUCUACCUAACAUACAGUACAGGAUGGGGGCCUCUGCUUCGCUUCAACAUUACUAUUGUACAGUGUUGUUAAUGUGUGGAGAAAAGGCGUCUCUAUUAACCUACAGGCUCGCCGCUCCCGCUCCCUCCUCACGGGCUGGGAGUCGGACUGCAGGUGGACGGCCGCUACGCUGGCCAGUAGGGAGCCAAGUUACUGCCUGAUGGGGGCGAUACUAGCCAAUCACUGUUUGGGUUGUUUAUUCGGGGGAUGAUUAAAGCGCUUCCUACUCAGGACCUGAGAGAAUAUGUCACUGCUGCCAGAGAGAAGUUAAACUCUCUUUCUUUUCUUUCAUUCUCUGUCUUUCCCUCCCUCCCUCCUUCCCCCUCUCGCUCUGCACCUCCUUCUCCUCGUUCUCCCCUUUCCACCAAACCGCUCUCAGUUCUCCAAUAUUACAGAUGCUGAUAUGUAUAGUCACAUAAUCACCUGGUGUGUGUAGCCCUUCCUAACAGCCCUGUCCCACAACCGACCUGUAGAGGGCAGCAACUGCCACAGAAACAAGGGAGACGGAGAAGAUUAAAAAAAAGAUUGUAUAUUAGAUAUUUAAUCUGAUCAGAGAGUCGCUACUAAAGAGACAGACUGGUGCCCAUAUCUGGUUUUAGGGAGGUUGGCGGACACCUCUUCCCCAGAAAUUGGAGCUGUUUGCUGGGGUUCAGCGUAGCAGCACCACCCCCCCUUCCUCCUCCUCCUCCAUCCACCUCCACCCUCUCCAGCAGCACAGGAGAAGGACAAAGACAUGAGGUAAUGUCUGCAGGCCCAGAGAGAGGGAGAGAGAGAGGAGUGAGAUGGAGAGGAGGGACGGUGUGGGGCUGCUCUGGUUCUGCUCUGCUGUUUCUGUAUUGCUGAAGUCCCAAGAAAAGUCACGAAAACUCCCGGCGCAAACUAAAACUCUGUUAUCGCCCUUUAAAUUUACUUUUUAAAAAAAUUUUAUUAUCAGAGGAAAUACGUUCAUAAAUAACAAUAAUAGUAUCAUUACACAUGUAUAGAAAAUGCACAGUCUGCUUGGACUUCACUGUACAAAGAAUCGCAAGCGGGUUCCGUCAGACAUAGCCUCUGUAUCAAGGAGGAUUGGGUUUAAAAUUCUCCUUUUUAUUUUAUUUAUUUUAAUUUUUUUUUCUUUUUUUGGUUUUGUUUUUGUUUGCAGGGUUCUUCAGUUCUGGCUCUCAUUUUUAUGUAUUUUAAUUAUUAACUAAGUUAAAAGCAAUUUAAUAUUUUAAGCUCUGCGGAUUAUAAUCUAAUAAAAGACAGAAAUGCCACCCUG